AUGGCGAUCCGAUGUUACCUCAUGUUCCGACAGAGAAGCAAGGUUUUGCAGACCAUAUCACCCUCGACGGCAUCACCAAGGCUGGAAGCGCUCUGUACUACGUGUGUCCAAGUCCUGGUGUUUCUCUGGAUGAUCCUGGGCUGUCUCAAUCUUCUUGUCGCACUCCGAGCACCCACGUGUCUAAGAGGGCCGUUGGAGGAAUGGCAGAAUGAUUUGAAAGAGCACAACUGGAGAUUUGGUCUCUCCUGCCGGCUGCACCGCGCUCUGGUGGCUUUGUCUAUCCUGAUGGCCAUAUUCAUGGCCUACCUCUCCUUCUUGGAUCAGCAACACCUAUCUCACCGUAAAGCGGGUGUCUGGAACUGUUACUGUGCUUGUCUGCCUCGCAAUGCUCCCCAGGCACAUGCUCCGGCUCUUUCCAUCUCAAGCAGCCGUUCUGGUUUCUCGGUCGAGAAGAACGACCAUCUCUUCCUCAUCCCCGAACGCCGCUCAAGCAGGUUGGAGCACGAACAAUGGCUACAGCGUCGCAACAGCCUGUCGUCUCAAAAGGCCAUCUAUCCACACAAAUACUACUACUACGACCACCGGCACAAGUAUCAACCUUAUGCCUUGUCACAGGGCAGCCGUUAUUCGAGCACCCUGCGCUCGGUCUCCGAGGGACAAAGCUUGGACUUGCAUGAUCGCAAUUCGUCCCUCUGCUCCUCGCAGUCUUCUCGCUCGGCCAGUACAAGGCGUCCGACUCAUCCAUCCCCGAUGCGCCCGCGCAGCCGAGCAAAUAGCAAUCCAGAAAGGGGUGACCUGCGCCGGGAUCCUGCGACGAUAUCUGCGACCAGCGAUAGUGGUGUACCCGAGGUCCCACCUCUACCAAUCGCUCCGGCUCCGACCUGGUCUCCAGCCUUGCAGCAUGCGCCGUUGAGCGCGGAUCCUACUAUUCGAGCUUUGAGCACCGGUUCGGGUUUGGCACCAUCGCUGUUGCAUUCAAAGUCAUCUCCAGACUUGCGAGGCGUCCAGCCCGAAAAUGUCCACACUGCAUCUACAUUGGCCAUGGCCCCCAAAACGAAAGGUGAAGCCGUCCACCCUUCGUCAACAACACCAUGUGCAUCGACGAAGCGUGCAAUGAAGACCAGCACGGAAGCAAUAUCACCAAGAAAACCGGCGACACCAAUGCCCACUGUGCCACCACCAGCUCCUCCCAGUCACCGACCAGUACUGGCGAUAACAGCACCUGCCAUUCCUGCUCGCGCACCGGGUCACUCAACAACAACUCCGAGGGCGAGGCCACAGUCCAGGGUAGGCACCAAGACGGCGACUCGUUCAAGGUCCGCCUCAACAUCGGCGACCACCUCGCGGUCGAACCUCCGCCGACCAAGCCCCAUCCGUCACCGGCACUAUCACCAUCCCCACCCUCAUCAUUACCACCAACAACCCGCCACCCACGGGCUGUCGGCCACUCAGAACCAACUGCCCCUGCAGCACUACCAGCACCAACGCGUCUGGCGGCGCGAGAACAGCACGACCCCCUCGAGCAUCUACUCGGCGAGCAGUUACGGCACUGAGCGGACCGUGUCUGUCGUGACGAGGGGAAGUACCAGCACCAGGACGCCCACCGCCGCGGCCGCGGGGUACGGGGUCACACCGAGUUCGCACCUGAGACCUGGCGUGGUCGCCGCGUGCAGGUAG